AUGGACGCUUCCACCGUUCAGAUCUUGAAACGCGGUUGGAUUUGGAUUACCCGGACAAUACUCGAGAUUCUGGACACGCUAACCUCGGUGCCGGUGAGGUCGUGGUACGGCAUGAUGGCCGGAAUCAACAUGAGUGUGUUCAGGUUAGAAGGCGUCAACGUCGAUUCAUUAUGUCGGACACGCGAUCUCGAAGGCAAACCCACGGAUGUGUGGGGUUUCGAAGCUGACAUCCGUGGUGCUCGUUCUAUUCUACCCCUUGGUGAAGACGCGAGGUUAAUCGGCAGGCUAUCGGAUGGCUAUGCGAGAAGCUUACAGUCCAGUUACGCAGACCGGAACCUCGUCAUGCAAUGGUUGAAGCGAUGCUCAAAUAGCCAUGUUAAAUGCAGAGCUCUCGAAGAGCGGAUUCUCAGUCGCAUGCGACAUCCGCACGUCCUGAUUAACGCCACGAAUCUGACCAUCGAGUCGAUAACGAGGCCAGUCACAUAUCUAGCUCUGUCGUAUGUGUGGGGAAACACACCACAGCCAAAGGUACCAGGCCUUGGUCGCGAAUUCUUAGGGGGGCCACCGGUUAGUAUACGACAUAUGCGCUUACCACGCGUCAUUCAGGACGCCAUCUCUCUCACCUCCGAGCUUGGGGAGACUUACCUGUGGGUCGACGCUCUCUGUAUCAACCAAGACGAUCCGUCAGAGAAGGCUUCACAAAUUGCCAUGAUGAACGAGAUCUACUUGGGAGCAAAUGCUACAAUCGUAGCACUGGAUUCAGACGAUGCUGACAACGGAUUGCACGGCGUCACCGCGUACUCAGUAUCUCGUACCCAGCAUGUUGAGACAGUCGAGGGUGUCCGGUACACGCCUGUCUUUCCCUCUCUCGCCGAAAAGUACUCCCACCCAGAUUGCAAGUGGAACACGCGGGCUUGGACAUUCCAGGAGCAUCUUCUAUCACGAAGAAUAGUCUACCUCGGAUCAGGACAAGUAUACUUUAGCUGUCUGUCUGCAACGUAUAGUGAAGACCGGGUUGAAAGUCACAACAACCGCGGAAAGCUGUACAAUCAUCCUGGAUCGCUGCUUCUAGACCCCCCUGCUCGCUCAAACUUGUGGCAAUGGAAGUUGUGGAAGUGCUAUGUCGAACUAUACUCUGGUAGGCGUGCCUCUCUGGACACAGAUCGAUAUUUCGCCUUCCAGGGUAUACUCAACGAACAAGAACAAUCGUGGGGAAUGCGCUUCAUCGAGGCACUGCCCAUCGAGCAUUUGCCUUUAGCCCUCAAUUGGUGGCAUGGCUCUGUCCAAUGGGAUCCGCUUGAGCAGAAGCCUCGUCGCAUUGAGGGACGUCCAUCGUGGACGUGGACUGGAUGGACCGGGUCGAUAAAUUAUCCUGACUUUGACAGGUAUCGGGCUGUCCUUUGUACGAUUGAGGUUCAAGACGGCAAAGGCUCCACUUUCUACAACUACGACAGCAAAGGCCACCUACAGCACGUUGCAGGUCCUUCUCAGCCGCAAGCUACAGAAGUUUCAGAUACACGAUCUGCGCAAAAUACACAGCCUCUGCAAGUGUCGAUAUCAUUCUCCAGCCAAGUAGUGGAAGUUGCGGCGAUCGCCGACAAUGUGCGAACGGGUUAUCUGUCCGUGAGAGCAGAGUCUGGAAAACGCGUUGGAUCUCUGAGUCAUACAUCACACAUUUCCAGCUUCCCUGAGUCGGAUGACAACCCUCGCAUCCCUUGCAAAUGUGUGCUUGUCGGUGUUAGCUGGUUUCCACUGGUAUGGUUCGAUAACAUUGAGUCCUUCAUCGACCUAAGCACCGAAGAGAAGGACCGGGCCGCUCUCAGAGAUGAUUUUCUCGGGCCUGUCAAUGAUCGCUACGAGCAAAGAUACCAGCAGCAGCCUCGACACACCAAAGGCACACGGUUCGAACUCGGCCGUGGGACGGAUCAUCCCACGUUGCGGCAAUUCCCCUGGCUCGUGAAGCCCUGGGUCGCUACCUUCGCCACUCUUACUGCGGUACUGGUUUUGGCUUUUGUUGCUAUUGUGCUCGCAUUUUCGUUGUUGUUUUUCGGACUAUUUCUGUUUGCAUUGGUGGUGGUUAUGCCAGUCAUGUAUGGAUUCUACUUUGCUUGCUUGCGCCCAUUAUGGGUACUCUCUGACAACUUCCGCCUCGCUCAUGUACUUUGGAUCGAAGAGGUCAGUCCAGGAGUGCACAGGAGGAACGGGGUUGGCGUGCUGUGGUACACGGCGUUCAAAAAGCUGGAGCCAGAGACUAGACAAAUCAAGCUGAUCUGA